GCGGGUAUGGUCCAGCUUCUUUGGGCAUUUCGCCGUCUAACCUAUAUUUCUGUUAGGCCGUAGGGGCCAUAUAAAGCACUCAUCCGCACGCCGUAUAUGCAUACAUAGGACAAUGCGCAUCCCGUCGUCGUCGUCCCCCUCAUCAAGUCCCCUCCUCCUCCCCCUCCAACUCCCGAGCAAAAACGUCGCGCCUCACUCACAGGACAUUACACCGGAGCACGAGUGAACCACAAAGGCGUUACACAACAACAACCACCACAGUAGUAGGAGCAGUAAUAGUAGUAGCAGCAGCUGCAACGGCAGUAGCACCACCGCCGCCACCAUGGCAACCUCCUUCUCCCCCCUCCCGUCCUACCUCUUCGGCACCGCCUUUCUCGGCCUCAGCCUCAGCGCCAUCCUCGCCCCGCGCCGCGAAUACGCGCGCUUCGGCCUGCCUCUCGAGACGACGACGACGACGUCCUCCUCCACACCCGCGCGUGUCAUCAUCAACCAUAACAACAACAACAACAACAACAGCGGCAGCGGCAGCGACGGCAGCGACGGCAGCGACGGCUUCGCCUCGCCGCUCAUGUACCUCAAGGGCAUCCGCGAGCUCACGUACGGCGCCGCCCUGCUGGCGCUGCAGUGGCAGGGCAACGAGCCCGCCGUGACGACGCUCGUGGGCGUGCUCGCGUUCGCGGCCCUCGGCGACGGGUGCGUCAUCUGGGCGCACGGCGGGGAGGCGCUGCGCGGCAAGGCGUGGGGUCACUGGCUGCCGGGGCUGGGGUUCCUGGGGUGGGCGGCCUGGCGAUGGAGGAGGAGUCUCUGAUAACUCAAUAACUAAGGCGUGUUCUUGUUUCCGUUUGCUUACGGUGGUGGUGGUGGUGGUGGUGAUGAUGAUGAUGAUGGAUGGU